AUGAACAACCAAGGAGACAAAACCUCUUCUUCUUACUCUCUCCCCCGUCCAUGGACCCAUGAAGUCUUCUUGAGCUUCAGCUGUGAAGACACACGUAAGGGAUUCACUGACCACCUCUACGCCGCUUUGACUCGGGCCGGGAUUAACACAUACAGAGACGAGAAUGAACUCAGGAGAGAAGAAGAUAUCUCCUUGGAAAUGGUGAAAGCCAUUGAAGAAUCAAGGAUUGCACUAAUAGUUUUCUCCAAGAAUUAUGCUUCUUCAAGAUGGUGCCUCGAUGAGCUGGUGAAGAUCCUUGAAUGUAAGAGAAUAAUCGGUCAAACGGUUCUGCCGAUCUUUUAUUACGUGGAUCCAUCUGAUGUUCGGAAACAGAGUGGGACUUUUGCGCAAGCAUUUGAUAGGCAUGAGAUUCAGUUCAAGUUGGAGACGGAGAAGGUGGCGAGCUGGAGGAAAGCACUCACUGAAGCAGCGAAUUUGUCUGGGUGGGAUUUGCAGAACAUUGCAAAUGGGUAUGAGUCAAAAUUUAUCCAGAAGAUUGUCGAUGAAAUCUUAACUAAAGUAAAUCAAACACCAUUGUUUAUUGCCAAAUAUCCAGUUGGAAUAGAUUCUCGUGUGGAAAAGGUCAAUGUGUUGCUAGAUAUUGAGUCAAAUGAUGUUCGCAUCAUUGGGAUUUGCGGCAUGGGUGGAGUGGGUAAGACAACCAUUGCUAAGGCCAUUUACAAUCUAUUAUUUCUCCAAUUUGAAGGCAGCAGCUUUCUUCCAAAUGUUAGGGAAUCUUCAGAACAACCUAAUGGUCUAGCCCAUUUGCAAGAACAUCUUCUUUUUGAUAUCCUACAUAAAGAGAAUUUACAAAUAAGGUAUGUUGCUAGGGGAGUAAACGUUAUUCGAGAAAGACUCCGAUGCAAAAAGGUUCUUAUUGUUCUUGAUGAUGUAGAUCAAUUGUAUCAGUUUAAAGCAUUUUGUGGAGGAAGAACAUGUGAUUGGUUUGGCCCAGGAAGUAGAAUCAUUGUAACCACUAGAGAUAAGGAUCUGGUAAAGCAAAUUGGAGUGGAAGAAGUAUAUGAAGCUGAAGAAUUGGAUUUUUGUGAAUCUCUUGAGCUUUUCAGUUGUCAUGCCUUUAGAAAAAACAGUCCAAUAGAAAAUUACAUAGAGCUUUCAGAAAGCGUGGUGAAAUAUGUUGGAGGUCUUCCAUUAGCUCUUGAGGUCAUUGGUUCUUCUUUAUUUUCAAAAAGAAGCAUACUUGAAUGGGAAAGCACCAUAAAUAAAUUAAAAAAUGUUCCUCACAAUCAGAUUCAAAGUAUAUUGAGAUUGAGUUUUGAUGCACUAGAUGAGACACAGAAGGAUAUACUUCUUGAUAUUGCAUGCUUCUUUAUUGCAAGGGAUAAGGAUGAUGCAAGCAGAAUAUUAGAAGGUUGUGGUUUCUUCCCAGACAUUGGAAUUAGAGAUCUCGUCCAAAGGUCUCUCAUAACAAUUGAUAAUCAAAAGAAGCUCAGGAUGUAUGAUCUACUUCGAGAUAUGGGAAGAGAAAUUGUUCAUGAAGAAUCUCCCAAAGAGCCUGGAAAGCGUAGUAGAUUGUGGUUUCAUGGGGAUGUCCAUGAUGUAUUAAAUAAAAACAAGGGAACAGAACCUGUUGAAGGCCUCAUCCUUGAUAACUCUUCUCAAUUAUUUGAAGUGCCUUUGAGUACCAUGGCAUUUAAAAAUAUGCACAAAUUAAGGUUGCUCCAAAUCAAUUAUCUACAACUCAUGGGAAGUUAUGAACUUCUUUCUAAAAAGCUAAGAUGGCUAUGUUGGCAUGGAUUCCCUUUGACAUCUAUACCUUCUAGUUUCAACUUGGAUAAACUUGUUGAUCUUGACAUUCAACACAGCCGCAUUAAAAUUGUUUGGAAGGAAUUCAAGCUACUCAAAAAUUUGAAAGUCCUAAACCUCAGUCAUUCUAGUUGCCUUAUCAAAACCCCCAACUUCAUAGGGCUCCCAAAUCUUGAGAAGUUGAUCCUUGAGAGUUGUAAGACAUUGCUUGAAAUUCACCAAUCCAUUGGGUUCCUUAAUAAACUGAUUUUCCUUAAUCUGAAGGACUGCAACAACCUAGUAAAUCUUCCAAGAAGCAUUUGUAAGUUGACAUCUCUUGUAAAUCUUACCCUCACCGGCUGCUCGAAACUCCGUAAUUUACCUGAGGAACUGGGUAAUAUGGAAUCUUUAAUGGAACUUCAUGCAGAUGGAACUGCUAUAACAAAAUUACCCCUUUCCAUUUCACAUUUGAGAAACCUCAAAUCCUUAUCUUUACGUGGAUCUAAAGGACCUCUUUCAAGAUCAUGGUAUUCAUUAUUUUCAUCAUGGAGAUCACCAAGGAUGGCUCCUAAUCUUAUAAGUACCCCAGUCUUGGCUUCUUUUUCUGGUUUACACUCCCUAAGAGAGCUAGAUCUUGGCUACUGCAAUCUGUCAGAUGGUGCAAUUCCAUUUGAUCUGGGAAGCUUAUUGUCAUUACAAACCAUGAAAUUAAGUGGAAACAAUUUCAGAAGCCUACCAGCCAGCAUUAAUCACCUUUCUCGUCUGGAACUUCUUAUUGUAGAUCAUUGCGCGAGGCUUGAUCAACUCCCUGAGCUUCCAUCAAGUUUAGUGCUGUUGGCAGCAAAAAGUUGCACAUCAAUGGAGAGAAUGCCAGUCAACAUGGGUCUUCUUUCUAAGCUGUCUAGUGUUUCGUUGAAUGAUUACACAAGGUUGAAAUCUCUCCCUGAAGAUCUCCCAUCUAGUCUAAGAAGCUUGAGUAUAGAAUCUUGCAAAUCAUUGGAAGGCUUACCUAAUUUUGCUUCAGUCACUUCCAGAUCUUUCUACAAGUUUAAGAAAUCUGUUUGCUGA